GCAACACUAGGAGCAAGGCAACACUAUUGGUGACGUUGAGGUUGACUUUUGUCUUGUCUAUGAUUACUCUUUCCUUUUGAUUCUGUUCGAGAAGCAAUUGCAGCUUUUUGUUGUAAUCCUCCUAAGAAUCCUGCAAAAUGGUUGCAGCUAAGAAACAGAAAAAGACCAUCGAGUCCAUAAACUCGCGCUUGGCGCUGGUUAUGAAAUCUGGCAAAUAUUGCUUAGGUUACAAGCAGACAUUGAAAACCUUACGUCAAGGCAAAGCCAAGCUGGUCAUCAUUGCAAAGAAUGCGCCUCCACUAAGAAAAUCUGAAAUCGAGUACUAUGCUCUCCUGGCCAAAACUGGAGUCCAUCACUACAGUGGAAACAACAUCGAACUUGGCACAGCUUGUGGAAAGUACUACAGAGUGUGUACUCUUGCCAUCACAGACCCCGGUGACUCUGACAUAAUUACAUCACUACCAGAGGCAUCAGCUUAGUUUUAAUAAAUUUAUUUGGACAUA